AUGUCAAGUUCAAGGCGAAUAGCAAGUCCCUCACCAAGUUUACGGCCUAUAUCAACCAGGCGCGUUCUCAACUCUGAGAGGCAACAACUUAUUCAAACCGAUAUAAACAAAUACACCGAUGAUUCCUCAAAUUCGGAAACAGACUCCAUAAACUACAAACAAUAUGCCCCCGCAUCCACAGUAAAUUUAGAACACUUGGAAUGGAGUGACAUACUUCCUUACUAUUUGCCUUUUCUUUCCUGGAUUGGAAAGUACAACCUUCGGUAUUUUGUUGGUGACUUGAUUGGUGGUUUGACGUUGGUGUUUUUUCAACUCCCAUUGUCCUUGUCAUAUGCCACAACAUUGGCACACGUGCCAGUCAUUUCCGGCUUGUACUCAUUAGGCAUUGCACCGUUUGUUUACUUGGUGUUUGGCAGUGUUCCUCAAAUGAUUGUUGGUCCCGAAGCUCCUAUUUCUUUGGUCGUUGGCCAAGCAAUCGAACCGCUUCUUCACCACAUGAAAAAGAAGCAUUUAGAUCCUUUGGAUUAUGUUUCGGUGAUUACAUUUCUUAGCGGGGCUAGUUUGUUGGGGUUUGGGAUUGGAAGGUUGGGAUUUUUGGAUAACGUUCUAAGUGGAUCGUUGUUGAAAGGUUUCAUCGCUGGGGUAGGGGUUGUUAUGAAUAUCAACUCGCUUAUCAUAAUUUUGGGAAUGGAGAAAUUGAUGAAAGAGAUCUCAGAUGAUCCUUCACAGAUGGAUAUACAUUCUCCAUUUGAUAAGGUUAUGUUUUUGAUCAAAAACGCUAGUCAAUUUGAUCCUUUGAGUGCAAAAAUCGGCGCUGUAGGGUUUUUGAUUAUCAUGCUUUGCAGAAUUGUCAAAAAAAGGACCAAAAAAUCUAUUGUGGUGCUCUUUCCGGAGAUAAUGAUUGUUGUUAGCGGUGCAACUAUCCUAUGCCAAUAUUUCAGAUGGGAUCUCGAUGGUGUUGACAUCAUCGGGAAAGUGAAAGACAAGUCAUCAUUAACUUUGUACAACCCACUUAGCCUGUGGAAACUCAUAAAGCAGUUGGGAACCUCGGGAUUUUUAUGUGCCAUGUUGGGGUUCUUUGAGUCCACCACUGCUUCUAAAUCAUUAGGUACGAGGUUCGAUUUGCCCAUUUCCACCAACAGAGAGUUAGUUGCUUUGGGGAGCCUCAAUGUGAUUGGCUCAAUUUUUGGAGCAUUACCAGCAUUCGGAGGCUAUGGCAGAAGCAAAAUCAAUGCAAUCUCAGCCAAGACGACCAUGUCUGGUGCCAUUAUGGGAAUACUAACUCUCUUAACAAUUCAAUUCCUUCUUGGGUAUCUAUACUUUGUUCCAAAAUGCAUGUUGAGUGUAAUCACAAGUGUAAUUGGUAUCCUGUUGAUCGAAGAAGCUCCUUACGAGUUAUUGUUUUACUGGAGAACCGAAGGAAACGAUGAGAGCAUUACAUUUGCAAUUACGGUAUUCACCACUCUAUUUUUUUCCAUUGAAGGAGGAAUUGCCGUUGGACUUAUCUACUCCUUGAUCAGAGUUAUCAAAAACUCCACUGCAUCGCGUAUUCAAAUUUUGGGAAGAAUUCCAAACUCAAACACGUUUGUGGAUGCCGAUGUUCCAGCCGAGCAGGUUGAUGAAAGUUUAUCGCGGUUGAACGUUUUCAAUGAUAUGAGACAAACGCUGUUAAACAUUGGCGCUAUAGAGGAGGUAGAAGGAUGCUUGAUAAUCAAGAUCCCUGAGCCGUUAAACUUUACCAAUAGUAGCGAUUUGGUGGCACGAUUGAAAAGAGUGGAAAUGUAUGGCUCAACUCGUGCUCACCCGGCGCUGAAGAGAAGCCGUGAUCAAGGAAUGACACGAUAUGUGAUAUUCGAUCUUGACAGCAUGAAUUCAAUUGACUCGUCGGCAGCUCAAACGGUAAAGAACUUGAUAAUAAAUUACCAAAGGCGGGAUAUCAGGUCAUUAUUCGUACGAGUGUCAAACAAUGUCAAGCCUAUAUUAAAGCAAGCAGGAAUUCGCGAUCUCCUCAACCGGGAUGUUGAAGACUUGAAGUACAACGAGAUCCAAGAGUUGGCGAAUCACAGUGGAAACGAGAUAGUUUUGCGAUGCCGCGGUUUGCUAGGGAAUGACCCUUAUUUUGAACACAUUCUGGAAGCUUUACGGUUGAUUGAUUGUUUUGAAAUGAUUUAUGGAGAUGUGUAA